AUGUCGUCAUUACCAUUGCCAUUUAAAUUUGAUGUUUCAAGAUUGAAAGCAAAGAUAGAUGAAGUUGAAACAGUUACAAAGAAAACAUUUAAUGCAGCAGCAAAUAUUAUUGGUGUUGAAUUGGGUGAUUCAGGAUCAAAGAAACCAAAUAAAACUCAAUACUAUAUGGAAUUGAUUAGUGAUACAAAGCCAUCAUUAACGGAAGAAGAAUUUUUAAAGAUAACACCAGCAGGUUUCUUUGACCCAAAAUUCGAUACAACUCAAUUCAUUUUAGAUUUAUUACCACCCAAUGUUAACAAUAGUUCCAGUGAGUUCUCGAUAUUCUUAGAUAGUAAUGUCAAACAAUUCACACGUGCAAUGGAUUAUGUAAAUUCGAAAUUAUACAAUAGGGUGCGUGAAAACUAUACAGAAUUCGUCCAAGGUAUGUCACAAAUUCAUGAAAUCGGUGUUGAACUUCAACGUUCAACCGUAAUGUGUUCAAAUGGUCGUAGAACAUUAUCACAAACUAAAAAGAAUUUAACUCAAACUGCUUUCAUCAUAAUGUCAAAAUAUACCAAACGUAAUUUACUCACUAAAAUGUAUAUGGAUCUAUCACAAAUUAGAGAGAUCGUUCAUUUGGAAAGAUUAUUAAAACAAACAUUAUCUGAUGGUGAUUAUCCUGCAACUAUCAAAUAUUAUCUAGAAUGUAGAAGAACAAUCACUCAACAUCUUCAUUAUAAUUGUGUACCUGAUUUAGAUAAAAAUUUACAAGAAAUUUAUCAUGUAGUUCAAGAACGUAUUGAUAAAGAUUUCUUAAUAAGUUGUAGAGAUUUUAAUUCAACAACUUAUUCAAGAGUAUUUCAAGCUUAUAAAUUAUUAGGUAGAGCAAAUAGAAUUUUAGAUAAAUUACAAAGUUAUUUUGUUGAUCCAAUUGAACCAGAAACUAGAAAUAUUGUAUAUUCACAUGUUUUAUUAGCAGAAGAGAAUAUUAUGAAUCCAGAGAGAGUUAAAGGAUUAGGUUAUAAAGAAUUAUGUAGAGAGUUAAAGGAUGAUCAUUUUGUAAAUUGUUUAUUGGCAGUAUUUGAAUAUCUUUGUGAUUUAAUGGCAAGUUUAUAUUUAAUGAAUCAAUUUCAUAUGGUGAAUCAAUUUCAUGAAGAGAGUAAAAUAUUUGAAGAUAUUACAGCGGCAUUGACAAGAUUUAAAACAACCAUUUGGGAUACCAUGCAAAAACAAGUCUCCUAUCUAUUGGCACCAAGAAAACUAUCAAAUUUUAAAAUCGAUGAUUUCCUAUUGGUUUUAAAUUCCGUCACAAAGAUAUCAGAGAUUGGUGAAGAGUUUAGUGGUCAUCCAUCACAUCAAUUGAAACAAUUGAUCAUUAAUCAAAGUAAAACUUAUCUCGAUAAUUUUCAUCGUACUCGUGUCGAUGAUUUACGUACAAUGUUAGAGAAUGAACCUUGGAAUUCAAUACCGGUUGGUGCUGAUUUCAAUGCUAAAACUGAAUUACGUUUAAAUAAAAAACAAAAGGUUUCUCAUACUGAUCGUUUAAGAGGUGAUCAAUUAUUUCAAUCAAUUAAAGAAAAAGGAAACCCUUUCUCUGAAUUAAUAUCUUAUAAAAAGAAUAGAUUACCUUCAAAUCAAACUUCUCCAACUUUAAAAUCAACUUCUACAACAACAGCAGCAACAGCAACAACAACAACAGCAACCACUAAUCAAAAUAAAAAAGAUACAAAAUUAAAAGAUAAUGAAGAUAGUGAUGAUGAUGAAAAUGAAGAAUUAAAACAAGAUUAUAUUCAAGAAGAUCAAGAUUCUGAUGACGAUAACAAUAAUGAUAAUCAAUCAAUAAAGAAAAAGAAAGAAAAAAAACAAAAAGAAAAAGAAAAACAAGACAAUUCUUAUGGUGGUGGUGGUGGUGGUAGUAGUGGUGUUAAUGAAACUUUAGUAUUAGUAUCAUCUGCAACUAUUAGUUUUGUAAGAUACAUUGGUAAAUACUUGGAGAUGAUGGAAAUGUUACCACAUAUUUCUGUUGAUAUCUUUAAUUCAAUUUGUCAAUUGGUUGAAUACUAUAUGUACACUGUUUAUUCAUUCAGUGGUUAUUUAGAUCCACAAGGUUUCAGUUUAGAAGCUUUAACUACAAAAAUGGAGAAAACAAUCUCUGAGAAACAAUUUGAAGAUUUAUCAUUUACAAAACCACAAGUCUCUAAAUUUAUCAAUAAAAUGAAAGAACGUGUUGGUUUACCACCAAAUUUAGCUACAAAUAUUGCAACUUCAACCGCUAAUACUGUAAUGUCUGGUAUCUCUGGUAUUUCAAACAUUACUAAUAUUUCACCAUUAUCAACUUUAUCAUUUAUAAAUUCUUCAAUUAAAAAUAUAGCUUCAAAUAUAAAUUCACCAAAUUUAUCGCCACAACAAUCUCAAAAUAAUAAUAAUAAUAAUAGUACAUUACAAUCUUCAAAUUCAACUUCAUCAUUACAAUCAAUACAACAACAACAAUCUCAACAAUCAUUACAAUCUCAACAACAACAACAACAACAACAAUCACAACAAAUUUCACCAACAACACCAAUUACACCACAACAAACAAUUCAAGCUGAUGGAUCAAUUAAAUGGGUGCCAAGUAAAAUUAAUUAUUUUGGUUUACAAUUAGGUGAUCCAAAAUUAUUUUUUAAUUUACCAGUUCGUAUGGUAGCUAUUGAAUCAUUAUCAUUCAUUGCAGAGGCAUUGAUUGUUUGUAGACCAUUGUUUGAACAAUUAUUACCACCAAAUCAGACUGAUAAUAUUAAUGAAUUCUAUAAUUCAAUCAUUGGUAUCAUACCUGGAUUACAAGGUCAUUUAAUUAAAUGUACAAUUAGUGCCAUUUUCACUCAUCAAGCAAGUCCUCAAUAUUUCUCAAAUACAAUUUCAAAUAUUAAAUGGGAUAUGAAAAUUAGUAAUCCCGGUAAAAGCUCAUAUGUAGAUGCUUUCAUUAAAGAGUUUACAAUUUUCUUUAAUGGUUUAGAUAAAUGUGUUGCCAAUUCAACUCAAUUCACUGAUACUCCUGUCAUUAAUCGUCCAUUACGUGAUCAUAUCGUUAAAUUGGCUUUCGAAUAUUUCAUUCAACAAGUGGUCGAUGGUUAUUCAAAGAUUAGAAAAUGUACAAAUGAAGGUCGUGCCACUAUGAUUCAAGAUGUUAUGAGCUUGAAAAAUGGUCUCGAAAAAAUUAGUGGUGGUGUAAGAAUUCCAAAUAUUUCUUUCGCUGAAGAAUAUAUCAAAGGUUUCUAUCAAUUGGCUGCUUUCUCUGAAAAAGAUGUCAUCGAAUGGGCAAAACAACAUGAUGAAUAUCCAAUUCGUUAUGUUGUAAAUUUAUUAAAUUUAAUUAAAGCUUCAAAUCCAAAUUUAAUUAAUCAAUUAGAAGAAAUGGAUCGUAAAAGAAGAUUUAUUAAAUAA